AUGUUAUUUAAUAAGAAAACAUUAUUUUCCUUUGCAGCUCUUUUGAGUAAUCUAACCAACAUUCAAGCGCAAGAAGCAGCCGCUCCAGCUGACUCUGCUGUUAUCAAAUUAACGAAGGACACAUUUGCUGAUUUCAUUCAAGAAAAUCCAUUAUUCUUGGCAGAAUUCUUCGCUCCAUGGUGUGGCCACUGUAAACACUUGGCUCCAGAAUAUGUCAAAGCUGCUGCUGAACUUGAAGAUAAAAACAUUCCAUUGGUUCAAAUCGAUUGUACCGAGGAACAAGAACUUUGUAUGGAAUAUGAAAUCCCAGGUUAUCCAUCUUUGAAAGUUUUUAAGAAUAAUGAUCCAAAAAACACUAAGGAUUAUCAAGGUGCAAGAUCUGCGGAAUCGAUUGUUUCUUAUAUGAUUAAAGAAUCUUUACCAGCCGUUCAACAAGUUGGAACUGAUUCUGAAUUACAAGACAUCGUGCAAAACGCUACUCAACCAGUUAUUGUUGAUUCCGGUGUUAAAGGUUUAAACGCUACAUUCUAUGAUGUUGCUGCUAAAUUAUCCUCCGACUAUACUUUCAUUUCUUAUGUCACCUCUAAUAAGACUGUUGCUAAAGAUUUAUCUCUAUAUUUACCAUCAGAAGAUACUCCAAUUGUUUUCAAUGGUGAUCUAAACAAACUAGCUAAGAAUGCUACCCAAUUACAAGAAUGGUUAAAAGUUGAAGCUUUACCAUAUUUCGGUGAAAUUGAUGGUUCAGUUUUCCAAACUUAUGUGGAAAGUGAUAUUCCAUUAGCUUAUUUCUUUUACACAUCUGACGAAGAAAAGAGUAAAUAUACUGAAUUCUUCACUGAAUUAGGUAAGAAAUAUCGUGGUUCUUUGAAUUUCGUUGGGUUAGACUCUAGAAAAUACGGUAGACAUGCUGAAAAUUUGAAUAUGAAGGAACAAUUCCCAUUAUUCGCUAUUCAUGACAUGAAGAAAAAUUUGAAAUACGGUUUACCACAAUUAGCUGAAGAAAAAUUUGAUCAAUUAAAGGAUACUAUUUCAAUUGAAACUAAAGAUAUUUCUAGAUUAGUUGAAAAUUUCGUAAAGGGUAAAGCUAAUGCUAUCGUUAAAUCUGAACCUGAACCAGAAGUUCAAGAAUCAAAUGUCUUCAAAUUGGUUGGUACAACUCAUGAUAAGAUUGUUUCCGAUAAGAAGAAGGAUGUCCUAGUUAAGUAUUAUGCUCCAUGGUGUGGCCAUUGUAAGAGACUGGCUCCAAUUUAUGAAGAGUUAGCUGACGUUUACGCUUCUGAUAAGAAAGCUAGUAGUAAAGUAUUGAUUGCUGAAGUCGAUGCCACUGCAAACGAUAUCAGUGACUUAAAUAUCGAAGGUUACCCAACAAUUAUAUUAUACCCAGCUGGUAAGAAUGCUGAACCUGUCACUUUCACAUCUCAAAGAACAUUAGAUGGUUUCUUGAAAUUCCUAAAAGAAAAUGGUUCUAACAGAGUAGACGGUGAAUCUUUGUAUGAAAAAUAUGCUGCCGCUAAGAAGGAAGCAGAAGAAGAUGAAGAAGAUGAAGAAGAUCUUGAUCACGAUGAAUUAUAA